AGCUGUAUAGUGUAUUGGCGUAUUAGUGCAGUUAGAAGUAACUUUACCCAAUUUCUAAUGAAUAUUUGGCAAUAAUUCGUAUAGCUUUUUUUCAAUGUAACAAUAAUGAUAAGUGUGAUAAUAUUUACCGUAAUCUUAAGUAAAAGUGCUUAUGGCACUCUUCCUAAUGAUCAAAAUAUCGCCAAUAAAAAGUUUAUUUAUAACAACACAUAUCAAUAUGACAACAUUAUAGAUGUGAUUGUGAAUGAUACCACUACACAAAUACUUGAUUUCAUUGAGAAAUCGGAUGAACUGUCGGUGUACCCGACUCGGGUGCAUGUAAGCACCAAUGACACCAACAAUUUAGAAUACCCUCUGUUCGUCACUGCAGCGCAGCAGAAAGGGGUGUCAUCAUGGGAGCUUCCUCUGGUAGUCCCGACGCGCACUACUGUACUGCAAUUCAACGACAUGGCGAGAACUCUUUGUCCACACGAUGCAGGGCCGAACAUAACAGCCCAAAGUCGACCCACCCUGACCUUGGCUACGUCGAGCCCUGAGAAUAUUUUAGUGAAGAUCAAACUAAGGCGUGUUCAAAACUUCUUCGUAGAAGUUAAUAAGGAAGUAACAUUUAACAUGACACCAAGUUCGCCAAAGUAUUAUUAUUUCUCAUUUGAUCGGGAUUCAUUGAAUCUGACCAAUAACAAAAAUUCGUCUUAUCUACCUAAAAUCAACUACAAACCAAACAGUGUUCUACUGAUGAUCGACUCUGAUGACGAUGUGUGCGCCUUUGUCUCCAUACAGAAUAAUUCGUGCCCAGUUUUUGACAAUGAAAAGGAUAUGCUGUAUCAGGGAUACUAUUUCACAAUGACCAACAAGGGCGGCAUUACUAUAACCAAAUCAAUGUUCCCGCGGGGCUUUUACAUAGUGUUCGUUGUGAAGGAAAGUGACGAGGAUUGUACCGGCACUAAGGAUUCUGAACCCGGUGGAGCAAGGGAUUCCGGCAGUCGGGUAAAAACUUUCAGGUUCCGCGCAGUUGAAGCGGUGUCAUAUGCCGACUAUAUAACUGCCGCUUUGGUCGUGCUCGCUCUUAUGCUGCUAAUAGCUGUAUUAGGACCAAUUGGCACCGCCAUCUAUUGCAGAAGUCAGGCAAUUGUACUGAACCAGGAAUCGCCCGGACCGUCUACUUCUCGAGCUGAACCGGGCACUAGCGAAAUUGUACCUAUAAUGGAAAAUGAUAGAAGGGAAUCAGAUUUGGAUUCUGAAGGGGAAUUCGUAACUAGCUCGCUACCAAUGCCAUUAAAUGUUGCUGGGCUAAGUCGGGCAUGCCCUGUCGCUCAGAGACGUCGUUCUAAUAGGUAUUUCUGGAGUGCUCUCACUGUGGCAGUAGUGUACGCGCUGCCAGUUGUACAGCUACUGUUCACAUACCAAAGGUUGAUCUACCAAACGGGCGAUCAAGAUGUGUGCUACUACAACUUCCUUUGCGCCCACCCAUUGGGCAUACUAGCUGACUUCAAUCACGUGUACUCCAACAUUGGUUACGUCAUCCUGGGAUUGGUCUUCAUGGCGCAGAUAAGGUGCAGACGAAAGUUUAGAAACAUAAAUAACCAGGAACUAGGAAUUCCGGAGCAUAGAGGCUUGCUUUACUCCAUGGGGCUGGCGUUGGUAAUGGAAGGGUUGCUAUCAGGUUGCUACCACCUUUGCCCGAACAAGAUGAACUUCCAGUUCGAUUCGUCAUUCAUGUACGUGAUUGCGGUUUUGUGCAUGAUAAAAUUGUAUCAGAGUCGACACGCAGAUGUUAACGCGUCUGCGCAUACAACUUUUAUGCUGCUCGCCUUAUUGAUGGCUAUUGGUUGCUUGGGAAUGAUUUAUCCGAACGAGAUAUUCUGGAGUUUUUUUACCAUAGCUCACCUUGUCGUGUGCUUUACGCUCACUCUGAAAAUUUAUUAUGUGGACAGAGUCAGGAUAGAACCAUCUAUGGUGUUGAAAGCGUGGUCUGCUUUGAGACAGCACGGGCGAUCAGCUUUUAUGCCAAUGUAUCGAGCGCGAAGCGUUUUACUCGCAAUUGCCAAUAUUGCCAACUGGGUUCUUGCAGGAUAUGGUCUAUAUGAACAUACUCAAGACGUUGCCAAACACUUGCUAGCCAUUCUAUUGGGCAACACCAUUCUUUACACACUGGGCUAUGGGGCCCUAAAGCUGGUCCAUAAGGAGAAAAUAUCAAUAGCUACGUGGCUUUGGCUGCUCCUCGCCCACGCAACGUGGGUACUAGCUGGAUUUUUAUUUACUGAUUCGAAGACAAAAUGGUCGGAAACGCCAGCACAUUCUCGGAACCACAACGCCGUGUGUUCGGCGCUAAACAUGCUGGAUUCACAUGACUUGUGGCACAUGGCCUCAGCAUCGGCCAUAUUUUUCUCUUUUAACGCAUUACUUAUAUUAGACGAUCCUCUCGCCGAUACCCCUAGGCAUCUUAUACCAGUGUUUUAAUUGACCUGUACCCUAGAGGGAAAAUACUCGAUUAAAACACUUAUAUUAGUAAAACGUAUUUCCGUGGCUAAAUACAAAACGGUAUCGGUUUUUUUUUAUUACACUUACUUGUGCUUUUGAUCUUAUGAGAUUACUUCAGGGCUCAUAAACGAAAGUUACGUUUUUUCGAGUAAUAUUCAUUACUAGUGUAGUGAAAAACGUCGCAUGUAACACAUGCAUUGUUCACUACACUCUCAGCUCUUGUGUGUAUCCAAUAUAGCAAACUAGUAUCAUAAAGUAUUAUUAAAUGAUUCGACUUUAUAACGUCAUAUUUCCAAUCGAAGAGGUGGGCACCAUGGAAACAAUGUAUGAAGGAAUGAAUGAAUGAAUACACUUAUUGUAUCACCAAAGAAAAAAAGUAGUUACAGAGAUAUAAACAUAGAGCAAGAGAGUACAAUUUGGUGAAUGUACAUACGUAAGUUUAUAUAAGUUCUAUGGUGGAUACUACUAAACUGUAUUGACUAAUGAAUCCUUAUUAUAAUUAUUUGAAUUUAUUUGAAUUUCUUUAAAUUUGGACUUUUGUCUAUGUUUUGACUUGCGUUUUUUAUGACCUGGCUUUAUCUAUGUCUUUGAUCAUGUAGCCAGCAUAAAAAAUUAAUUUCUUA